GUUUUUUCGAGAUCUGCCAUAAGAAAAUAGGAGUGGGAUUUCUUGAUACCUGAGAAAAAAAAUCUUCUUGUUGGAGCUCUUUUCAAGGGGAAUCCUACGGUUUCUGAGACCCUCUCAGAGUCUCAGUGCAUGAGAGCACUCAUCCCCACGGGCCACAGAACACUACUGGGUUCUUUUCGUUCUUUCACUUUCUUUCUCUUCUGUCCAAAAUCAAGAAAAAACAGCGCUUCUUUUUAAAAUCUUGAAAAGCAGGUGGUGGUCGAUUAAUCAUUUUGUUUCCUUUUUAGUAUUGAUUUUACUUGCUCGUUUCAAGUUCAUGUUUAAGUAACUUGAAGAUUUCUAUGCUAAUUCUUUGACAUCUUAGAGCCCUUUUUAUUUCAAAACUCACAGAUUUGAUGCUGGAAAAGGCUCUAGAAACCCUUGAUUCUUCUUCUCUGGAUACCAGUUUCAUAAGGGUUUUUAGAGUCCUGCCAAAGGUGUCCAAACUGUCUUUCAAAAUCUUCCUAAAUAGUCGUCACCGAUAAUUACUAGCUUUACCAGGAUUACUUCACUAAUGAUUCCUGUGUUUAUCUUAAGAUUUUAAAUUUUAAAGUCUAUAUUUUGUAACUGCUUGUUUUCCAUCAUCCAUAUGUCAAUCAAGGCUCUCGUAUUUUUCUCUGAGUUUUGCGACAUCAGCAACCUCUUUGGGUUCUCCAUUGCUGACAUCAACUGAAAGAGUUCUCUUCUUUAGCAACAACAGGCUCUGUUUUCUUCAAAUCUUCUGUUUUCUCGAGUUCUGUUUUCUCAAAUUUGUGAGAGAAAUGGCGAGGCUUUUCAGUGUUUUCUCAUUAAGGAACUUACUGGUGCUGUCUCUAGCUCUUAACGUGAGCUUGAUUUUGAGAGUGCUGUAUGAGAAAGAGUCUGGAGUCAUUAGCGGUCUCUCUCUGGACAACAGGAGAGAGGCAUUGAGGACUGAUAGUAUGCCUAGUGAGGCACAUGCUACCCAGAGGGAACAUCUGUCUAUGCGCUCUUCUUCUUCGUCUUCUUCUACAGUGGAUAGCAAUGGCAGGGACAGAGUAAUCAAUCUUGAUCAUGGCGAUCCGACAAUGUAUGAGAGAUAUUGGCAACAGACGGGUGACAAAUCCACCAUUUUGAUUCAUGGUUGGCAAUCAAUGAGCUACUUCUCUGAUGCUGGGAGCCUGUGCUGGUUUUUAGAGCCAGAGUUUGCCAAAGAGAUAAUUAGACUACACAAAGUAGUUGGCAAUGCAGUCACCGAGGACCGCUACAUUGUUGUCGGGACGGGUUCGACACAGCUUUAUCAAGCUGUAUUAUAUGCACUCUCCCCCCUAGAUGCAGUGGAACCCCUUAGUGUUGUAUCUGCAGCUCCUUACUACUCUUCUUAUCCAUUAAUCACUGACUGCCUGAAGUCAGGGCUUUAUAAAUGGGCUGGUGAUGCACAGAGUUUCAAUAAAGAAGGACCGUAUAUUGAACUCGUUACCUCCCCUAACAAUCCAGAUGGGUAUGUCAGGCAGUCUGUUGUCAACAAAAGUGGGGGCAUCUUGGUUCAUGAUCUUGCAUAUUAUUGGCCGCAAUACUCGCCAAUAGCUGCCGCCGCUGAUCAUGACAUUAUGCUCUUCACUGUGUCGAAAAGCACAGGACAUGCUGGGAUGCGCAUUGGAUGGGCUCUUGUCAAGGAUGAAGAAGUAGCCAAAAAGAUGGUGAAAUACGUAGAGCUCAACACAAUCGGCGUGUCAAAGGAUUCGCAGCUUCGAGCAGCUAAAGUGCUGCAAGUAGUGGCUGAUGGCUGCAAAUAUCCUACCAGCAAAGAAGGGUCCCUCUUUGACUUUGCUGCCCACCUCAUGGAAGAGAGGUGGAAGUUAUUAAGGGCCGCAGUCAGGCAAAGUGGUCUCUUCACUUUGCCAGAGUUUCCCCCUGGAUCGUGCAGGUUUCUCAACAUCUCCUUCGCUCCUCGACCAGCUUUUGCAUGGUUGAAGUGCGAAGCCCCUAUAGAAGACUGCGAAGCCUUUCUCCGAUCUAACAACAUCUUAACAAGAAGCGGUAUACAUUUUGGCGUUGGACCACAAUAUGUUAGGAUAAGCAUGCUAGAUCGAGACGAAAACUAUGAUAUGUUUGUAGAGAGAUUGUCCACCAUCCACCCGCGACAAUCCAUGCAGGCAGAUGAGACGGCGGAAUAGCGUAGGCAAAUAAAAAACACCACGGAAACAAAACGUUUGGUAAAAUGAAAAAUGCUAUUUACUGUGUACGGGACCCAUCACAAUUAACGUUUCAAACACGGAUUCGUCGAAAGCAAUAUCCAUCUGCUUCUCCCUUCCUGCCGCAUCUACCGCAUCUGUGCAUGCGCGCUCUGCGCAGUAAAAGUGUAAUUAAAAUUGUGAGCAGGGGAAGAAAGGCUCACCUGGUGCUGAAGACCGGAGAUGAAGAUGAUUGUGAUGAUCUGGCCAGACUAUGUCCUAUCCUAUUUUCCGUUUAUCUCCUGUCCUUUUCAUGCUCUCUAGGUCCUCUCAAUCUCUCUCCAAUCUUGUUCUACUUUUUCCUUGCUCCUUUUCUUUUUGUUUUUUUUUUCUGUUUUUUCUCCAGUAUUUUUGUGUUUGUGUAUUAGUUUUGAGAAAAGUGACAGUGUCAAGUGAAUUAAUUUAUGUGGCACUUGAACAGUGCCAGGUGAAUUAAUUUAUUGGCACUUGAACAAUGCCAGCUGAAUUUUCAUUUGGCAUUGUUCAUUAAAUCGUGUCCGACCCAGUAAAUUUUUUUUAUUUUUUUAA